AUGGAUUUAAAUCCAAGCGUAAAAUGUAAAAUAGUGGUCGUUGGGGAUAGUGAAUGUGGGAAAACCGCUCUACUAAAUGUGUUUGCAAAAGAUUCCUUUCCAGAGGUGAGUUUUAUGUGACAGAUUUUUCUAUUUAUUGGCAUGAUUAUUGCGCGUUAUCAAUCAGCUUGCUACGUUUCUAUGUCUAAACUGCAAUGAUGUUGAUAAUGGAUAUUGUAUUUCAUUUGUAGGGCUACAUUCCCACGGUGUUUGAGAACUACACGGCCAGUUUUGAAAUCGAUAUGCAGAGAGUUGAACUCCGUCUGUGGGACACUUCA